AUGAUCUCGGUCUGUGAUGAAAACAAUAAACAGGAGGACAUUGAUCUCAUGGAGAAUCUUGGUGUGAACAGCUUUCGAUUUUCUAUAUCAUGGUCAAGAAUUCUACCCAAAGGGCGUUAUGGAAAUGUGAAUAUAGCAGGGAUCAAUCACUACAAUGACCUCAUUGAUACACUCCUUCAUAAAGGAAUCCAGCCAUUUGUUACGUUGUGCCAUUAUGACAUCCCUCAAGAACUUGAAGAAAGUUAUGGAUCAUGGCUAAGUCCAGAAAUACAGAGUGAGUUCGAAUACUAUGCAGAUAUAUGUUUCAAAUACUUUGGGGACCGAGUGAACCCUUGCUUGGUGGUGUCAAUCGGGCCGGGCAAUCUGCAACUGGGCUUGGAACUUGCCCGAUGA